AAUAUGAGUGAUGCUAUGGCGGUGCUGCACAAGCUGCAGACGGGGCUGGAUGUCAACGUGAAGUUCACAGGGGUGCGGGUCUUUGAGUACACCCCAGAGUGCAUCGUCUUUGACCUGCUGGACAUCCCUCUCUACCACGGCUGGCUGGUGGACCCGCAGAUGGGCGACAUGGAGAAGGCAGUGGGUAACUGCAGCUACAACCAGCUGGUGGAGAAGAUAAUCUCCUGCAAACAGUCGGACAGCAGCGAGCUGGCUGGGGAAGGCUUUGUAGCGGAGCAGUUUCUGCACAGCACGGCCACCCAGCUGACGUACCACGGCCUGUGUGAGCUAACGUCCACCGUGCAGGAAGGAGAGCUCUGUGUGUUCUUCAGGAACAACCACUUCAGCACCAUGAUCAAGUUCAAGGGCCAGCUGUACCUCCUGGUGACAGACCAGGGCUUCCUGACGGAGGAGAAGGUGGUGUGGGAGAGCCUACACAACGUGGACGGGGAUGGCAACUUCUGUGACUCUGAGUUCCGCCUGCGACCCCCGUCAGACCCAGAGACGGUGUACCGCGGACAGCAGGACCAGAUAGACCAGGACUACCUGAUGGCGUUGUCGCUGCAGCAGAGUCAGGACCUGCAGUGGGAGCAGCUCCCCGAGGGCAUCAGUGACCUGGAGCUGGCAAAGAAGCUGCAGGAGGAGGAGGACCGCCGAGCCUCCCAGUACUACCAGGAACAGGAGCAGGAGCAGGCUGCCGCAGCACGAGCACAGCAGCCAGCAGAGGGCAGUGACGAAGCAGACAGAGCAGCAGCAGAAGCAGCAUCAUCAUCAUCGGCAGCAGCAUCAUCAAGAGCAGCUGGAGCCACGCCCAGCCCUGGGAAGCAGCCCUCUGCCGGGGAGCGCAAACCCAAAAAAGAGCCCAAGGAUAAAGACAAAUGUGUUAUAUUGUAACAGAGGAUGGGUGUGUGUUUGUGUGAGAGA